AUGUUAUUGCUGGCUCUAUGGAUGUGUGUGAAACUUGUACACGCUCUUUCUUUGAAUUUCAGCACUUCGUUAUCAAUCCUAGAAGGUGACUCGUGGAUUGUCACUCGGUCGAAAACGAUUUCUCUUGGACGGCCUUUAAAGUUGCGAUGUUCAGCUACUAGUCCUGAUAAUAUAACUAUCUACCGCAAAGAUUAUGACAUAAAUGCAACGACGCAACUUGUUACAAAAUUUGGUAGAGAUGUUCUGUGGGAAGUCGCUGAGACUGGGUUCUCUGAAUCUGGUGUUUAUGAAUGUAUCUCUAGAGGAUUCUCUAAUAUACUCACAGUAUAUAUUUAUUCAGUUAUUGGAACAAGUGAUGUCGUCGUGCCAACAGUAGAAUAUCUAGAUAAAAUAGGAAGUUUUAACUUUACAAGGCGACAAUUGGACGACAGUACAUUUCUAGAUAUAACUCGAAACUGGAUGUCUUGUACGUGUGUUGUCGGGAGUGUAAAGCUAUUAGAUAUUAUCACUGUCUCUUGGAAAGGAGGUCUUUUUGAUGAUUUGUCUGCAAAUCAUAGUCAAAUAAAUCAAGUUUAUUCUCGGAUGACGACAAGAGAUCCAUCAAUUAGGGCCAUCAGAACCCGCCUUCGACUUAAUUUACCGCUUCUUGAUCAACGAAUAUUUGGUCAAUAUCAGUGUUUAUUUAGUUUCUCCAAAACAGAAUAUGCUGUAGCAACCGUUCAUUUAAAAGUACCCCCCAUUUUACGCCUAAUUUAUGAUCCUCCACCACUGCCUCCAUCUAAUUCAUCCGGUCGUUAUACAUGUAUGAGUAGUCCAUGUCAAACAUUAAUAAAUGAAGAUUAUUCAAACUGGACAAAUGCUUGUGAAAUUCUUGUAGCUUAUCCAACAAUAAAACCUAAACAUUUUGCAUGGGCAUGGACACAACCACAAUGGGCAGGUUACAUAAUUAGACGAGUGCAAGAAGUAGGCAAGGCAAAUGUACUUUCUGAUUUUUCAAUGUUGUUAAACGAUGGUGAAGUAGAUGGAUAUGGGCAAUGGCAAGUAUUGGAGCGUAGACGUAGGUCGAUUACAAUGAAUAACGAAAUAAAAUAUCCUAAUCUUGCCAAAUCUGAACCUAUUCUAUUUUGGUGUUGGGCUAAAAAUGAUAUUGGGGAGACAACAGCCUGGUGGCCUGGUCCUGUUGAAAAUAAUAGUUAUUCAAUCUGGUCAUCUGUUUGGUGGCCUUUACUUGGUGUUUCAUUUGAAUUAUUAAGUUUAAUCAUUGUAUUUACACUAUUUCGUUAUUGUCGUCGACAAAGAAAUCGUUUUGGUAUAAAUAGUAAUACAACAGAGACUGGUGUUUCAUUUGGUCAUUCACGUCUAUUAGAUAUAGAUGUAGAUACUGAUCAAGUUGAAAUGAUCAAAGUAAUUAAUCCUAUAACAUCAUUGUCAUUAUCGUCUACUUCAUCAAAUAUUUUACAUACUCAUGGAUCAAUACCUUAUACACGUUUAGGUUAUCGAAAAAAUAGCAAUCAUAUGAAGGAUAAACACAAUAACACUUCUGCUACUGCUACGACUACUACUACUACUACUACUACUACUACUAUGGAUAAUUACAGUAACAGUAGUAAUGACAAUAAUAAUAAUAAUGAUAAUAAUAAUAAUAAUUGUAAUAAAAUGUGUGAUUUAACAAAAGUCAGUAUCAGUCACUCAUUGGUUGAUGGUUAUUCAAAUUUAAAUUUAACUCAAGAUUCCAUCGAUGCUGACGUUGACGCUAUGGUGAUCAAUGUGCAAAAAUUAUCAAAUGACCAUGAUUUAAAUGAGGAUGAAGACGAUUAUUUUUGGGAUUCAGAUACUGGAAAUAACGAAGAUAAACGAUAUAAAAUAAAGAGUAAUCAUUAA